AUGUUGGUAGCCCCAUUCGCUACAAAGACUCCAAUACAAUGUCCCACUGCUGACGCACGAGUGAACAUACAAACAUUGGACAAGGAAACCAUAACGAUCAACUGUCAUGUAAUAGAAUAUUUAACCCAGGAACUACAGGUAGUCGACAUACCUAAUAACGAGGAAUUUGAAGAUUUAAUAAGCUAUAGGAAGGAGCCCGACAUAUUGAUCGGUGCCGAUUAUUUUUUCAGAUUUAUCGAUCUACAAGAUAACCGGAAAUUACACUCUGGGCAUACGUUGCUACAAUCAAAA